AGCGCUCUUUUCGCCAUUUAACAACCUUCACCACUCUCUGCAAAAAAUUUGUGAUCGUUAAUCAUCACUCAUACUUUUUAAUCUUCUCCCUUUCCUUCUUUUUCAUCCUUUAAUUUCCAAAUAACAGUUUAUUUCUUCAUUUUUUUUCCCUCGCUUGUUAGUUUCCGUUUUUAUCAUUCUUCUCAACAGUACAAUGUUUUAGUUUCAUCCUUUCACCACCAAAAAAAGAAAGAAAGAAAGAAAGAUAAUAUGUAAUUUUGGAGAACAUUUUUCAGAAAAAAUAAAAAUAAUAAUAAUAAUAGAAGAAGUGAGAGUUACUUAGAAGAAAAAGAAAAACAAUGGGUUCGAUUCGGACGAUGGUGAUGAUAAUGUUAUACUUUUCAUCGGUUUUCAUGUUAGUUUCGGGAGAUAGAAUUUUCAUGAAGCUGGAAGGGUCAAGAUUCAAUGAUACAAAGGAUUAUGCUUAUGAACAGAAUUUAGUUACCAAUAUUGUAGAGUUCUUAUGGCAACCGGGAGAAUCAGGUUAUCAACAUGUCUGGCCGGAUAUGAAACUUGGGUGGCAAAUAGUUGUGGGCACAAUAAUAGGUUUCUGUGGAGCAGCAUUUGGAAGUGUAGGAGGUGUUGGUGGUGGUGGCAUAUACGUUCCUAUGCUUACUCUUAUUAUUGGGUUUGAUCAGAAAUCAUCCACAGCUAUUUCAAAAUGUAUGAUAAUGGGUGCAGCAUUGUCAAGUGUUCACUAUAACCUUAAACUGAGGCAUCCUACAAUGAAUGCUCCUAUGAUUGACUAUGAUUUGGCACUUCUCAUUCAACCAAUGCUCAUGCUUGGCAUAAGCAUUGGAGUGAUUUUUAAUGUUAUAUUUCCUGAAUGGCUGGUCACCAUUUUGCUGCUUGUUCUUUUCUUAGGAACAUCAACAAAAGCAUUCCUUAAAGGUGUUGAAACAUGGAAAAAGGAAACAAUAAUGAAAAAGGAAGCUAUGAGGAGACUAGAGUCAAACGGUGCUGCGUCUGAAGUAGAAUACAGACCAAUUCCUACUGGCCCUAAUGCCAUUAAACACAUAGAGAAGCAUGAGGUGACUCUCAUUGAAAACGUAUGUUGGAAUGAAUUUGGACUUCUUGUUCUAGUUUGGAUUUUAUUCCUUGCAAUACAAAUUACCAAGGCAUGCAUGCUAAUUUUCUUUCUUCAUAUCUUCAAUAGAAAGUUUAUUGCAACCAACUACUAUACAACCACUUGUUCAACAUCAUAUUGGGUAUUGGAAGGGUUACAGAUUCCAGUUGCAUUAGGGGUGUGUGUAUAUGAGGCGGUUUCAUUGUAUAAGGGAAGGAGAACACUUUCAUCCAUAGGAGAAGGAGGAACAAAUUUCAGUGUGUUUCAACUAAUCAUGUAUUGUUUCUUUGGAGUGGUUGCUGGAGUGGUUGGUGGCUUGCUGGGUCUUGGUGGAGGAUUCAUAAUGGGACCUCUCUUUCUUGAGUUGGGGGUCCCACCUCAGGUUUCAAGUGCGACUGCCACGUUUGCCAUGACCUUUUCCUCUUCUAUGUCUGUCGUACAGUACUACCUCUUGAAACGGUUUCCGGUUCCU